AUGCAAGGAUUUUUCAUUGUCGGCUAUGAAAAUACAUCAUUUAUUUUCGUACAAGCAGGUGAUGUCAACCGAGUGAUCAUCAUCUAUAAAUACGGGAAGGGUUACGAGGAAAUUGUCAUAUUCGAAAUGUCGUUGACCCUCGCAUUCCUGGCUUGCAUCACAGCGAAUGUCGCAGCUGAAGCUGAGUUGUCUCAUUUCCUAUUACUCAUCUCUGGCGAUCCUCUUGAACUAAUCUGGUUUGAUUUGAGCUCUAUAGCUUUGAGCCAUAAAAAUUACUUGUCUUAG